GAUUGGCGCCUCCCCGUAUCAGAGCAGAGCAGAGGCCGGUCAAGGAACAUCGACCUGCUUGCCGGCGUCCGUUGUUCGCGGCGCGGAUCCCGGCAGCCGUGCUCGCCUGCUUGCCGUUCCUCACCGCGCACGUGCUCGUGCUCGCCACGCCGGCCGGCGGCCACCGUCGCCGCCUACCCCAAACCAAAACCCAAUGCUUAUCGGGCCGUUUCUCCUUGCAUAGGGACGGGUGCCCUGCCUGAUUGGGUGGGAUCCGACCUGACCCGACCCGACCCGACCCGACCCGCUCGCUCCUUAAACCCUUGUCGUCGCGUAGCUUUCUCCCCAGCUCCAACUCCCGCUUCUCGCCCACACCAAUGGACUCGACGCCGCCGCCGCCGAUUCGCCGGGAGGCGUGGGAGGGCUGCAGCGUCCUCCUCGACAUCAAUGACGGCGACCGCCUAGCCUUCUUCCGCCUCACCCCCGGAGCGACGGUGAAGAUUGGGAACAAGACCUGCUCGCUGCAGCCGCUCGUGGGGCGCCCCUUUGGCUCUCUCUUCCGCCUCGGCGCCGACGGACUCGUCCCCUGCGCCGCUGGUGACGCCACAUCUCGUGAUCAUAACACACGAGAUGGUGCCGAUGGCCAAACACAGGAUGAAACCAGAGACAAUAGGUCUCUGGUUGAUAAUAAUACGGCUCAAAAUUUAUCUAGCGAUGACAUAGAGGCAAUGAAGAGGGAUGGUGCAACCGGUGAUGAGAUUGUGGAAGCUUUAAUAGCAAAUAGCUCAACAUUUGGAAAUAAAACUGUGUUCUCGCAGGAGAAGUACAAGUUAAAGAAACAAAAGAAAUAUGCACCUAAAGUUCUUUUGCGACGCCCUUCUGCUCGAAGCAUUUGCGAGACAUACUUCAAGAAAACUCCAGCUCGUAUAGGGUUUAUGCGAGUUGACACACUAUCUCUCUUGUUGUCUAUGGCAAAUAUUGGUGCGUAUUCAGAUGUGCUUGUUGUUGAUAUGGUUGGAGGUUUAGUUGUUGGAGCUGUUGCUGAACGUUUAGGAGGUACAGGUUAUGUUUGCAGCACAUAUCUUGGUUCAGCACCCUGCUCCAUCGACAUUAUAAGAAUGUUCAAUUUGAGCAGCGAUAUGGUCAGCAGGAUUGUUCAGGCGCCACUUAGUGACCUAUGUUCAAUGCAUAGUUCUGGGAAUACCCCUUCUCUUCUCAAUGGUGGCGCUGAAGGGGAGAUGGUAGAGCCUGCUGUAGUACCAGAUGAGGAUGCCCAGGCGUCUGUGGCACAGCAAGUUGACACAGCAGUGUCAGAUGAGAAGGCACAGUUAUCAACAGACCAGCCAACUGAUAUGGAGGUCUCAGAGCCUUCUUUGGAUGAGCAUCCUGUUCAAGAUGAAAACUCUUCAUUAGAUGGCAAAGGCAGUGAUGGUAAUUUAAAUGCUUCAAAAUCUUCUAAAGCUGGAAAAGCACCAUCGCCAGAGAAGAUGAAAUAUUGGAAGGAACAUGGCUUUAGUAGUUUGAUUGUUGCUGCCCCUGGCCACGAAGUAGAGCAUCUUGUCGCUGAUCUGCUUCCACUUUUGUCUUAUUCAGCUCCAUUUGCUAUAUAUCAUCAGUAUCUUGAUCCUCUUGCUAAGUGCAUGCACAGCUUACAAGUAUCAAAGAUGGCUAUUGGAUUGCAGCUUUCUGAACCUUGGCUACGUGAAUACCAGGUCCUUCCAUCGCGCACCCAUCCACACAUGCAAAUGAAUGCGUUUGGCGGUUAUAUCCUGAGCGGCAUAAGGAUACACAAUACAGAUUGUAUGAUAGCAAACAAGUGAGUCAUCAAUAAGGCAUGCUUCAGUCUUUCAAGCAAAAAAGGAUAGCGUGCCUCUCUUACCUUAAAAGGCGGGCAAAAUUUUGUACUCUAGCUAGCAGUCAGCUUUGCAUGUUGGAACCAGACAUACGUUGCCAUGCUUACAGAGAAUAACACCGGGAGUAGGACAACUGGACAAGAGAUUGCUAUCAAGAUGUGUAUGCCAAUCCUAUGUAACUUGUAUUUUUGUUUGUUGUAGUUUUAGAGAACUCGUAUUAAACUUGUACGGGUCGAGGUAUUUAAUGCCUCCAGCUGUAGUAUUUGCUGGAGAUAUCCUAGUGUACGGUUUAUAUGCUUGUGGUGAACAAACAGAUGUAUGAGUUUCUACAGAGACGUGAGAAGGUCUUGACUCCCUCAUCAUA